GCGGGGCGCGGGGCGCGCUCUCCCUAGUGAGAGUCAGAAAACGCGCCGGGUCCCAAAAGCCUUCGUGCCGCCUAACGCCCUUGACACCAGCUCUAGACCCCUGAAACCUGAAGGCGAUGAAAUGAGCGACAAAUUUAAGCUUUGUCUGAUCAGGAAGAUGAUGUUCUCAGCGCCAUCCACACGUGCAGCCGACUCUUCGGGGCUCUGCUGGAACGGAGGGAGCUCUUCGUGGGCCACCUACCUGCCGAGGAGGCGGCCAUGGCAGGGUCCGGAGAUGCCCUUCGGAAGUAUAAGGUGUGGAUGAGACAUCGGUAUAACAGCUGCUGCAACAGCCUUUCAGAGCUCUUGGGCCAUCGUUCUUUCAAAGUCAAGGAACUGGCUCUUUGCACGCUCAUGAAGUUUGUACAGCUGGAGGGGGAGUACCCGCUGGAGAAAUCCAAAUGGGAAGGCAACUAUUUGUUCCCUCGGGGUCUCCUCUUGUCUGUGGUGGAAGGCCUGAUUCCAACAGAGGGGGAUUCAUCCCUGCUGAUCUCCCGGUUCCAGGAGUACCUGGAACACGAUGAUGUUCGAUACCACACAAUGCAGGCCGUUGUGGAUUUGGUGGCCAGAGUCACAGACACACACCAACAGGGGGUUCCCUCUACGUUCUGGAACAACACCUUCACCCUGGUCUCCUCUGUGAGCCUGCCCCGCCAGCAGAGUGACAUCUCUAACUUCUAUGUGAAACAUAAAGAGAUGCUGGAGAAGUGGAAGGUCACUCAGCUGAAGGAACACAAGCACGUGUUUGAGAAGAUGUGGUUCAGUUUUCUCAAGCACAAGCUGCCCGUCAACCUCUACAAGAAAGUGCUUGUGAUCAUGCACGACUCCAUCCUGCCCCACAUGAGCCAGCCGAGCCUCAUGAUUGACUUCCUCACGAAGGCCUACGACAUUGGUGGUGCCAUAAGUCUCCUGGCCUUGAACGGACUCUUUAUUCUUAUUCAUCAGCAUAACCUUGAGUACCCUGACUUUUAUCGGAAGCUCUACAGCCUGCUGGACCCUUCUGUUUUCCACGUGAAGUACCGAGCCCGCUUCUUCCACCUGGCAGACCUGUUCUUGUCUUCCUCGCACUUACCCGCUUACUUGGUGGCUGCCUUUGCCAAGCGCCUCUGCCGCCUGUCCCUGACCGCUCCUCCUGAGGCGCUGCUCAUGGUCAUUCCCUUCAUCUGCAACUUGCUCCGAAGACAUCCUGCCUGCAAGGCCCUGAUCCACCGCCCCAGCGUGGAGGCCAGUGAUAUGACUGCUGACCCCUAUGACAUGGAGGAAGAAGAUCCAGCCAAAAGUCAUGCCCUGGAGAGUUGUCUGUGGGAGCUCAAGGCUCUCCAGAGACAUUAUCACCCCGAGGUAGCCAAAGCAGCCAUGGCCAUCAACCAGGCCCUGUCCCCUCACGAAGUCAGCAUUGCCCAGCUGCUGGAACUCUCCCCUUAUGAGAUCUUUGAGAAAGACUUUAAGAAGGAGGGGUCUGGCCCUGUGCCCCUGGAGUUCCUGCAGCCCCAGGGACUGCUGGGCCGGAGAGGUGACCUCGCCAUGGAACACUUUGCUCUGGACUGACACCCUUGCUUUUCCUUCCUCACCCCCAAGUUUUGGAUUAAAUGUUUUUUACAGAAUGA